CGGGGCAGCAAAGGGGACGGUCCGAAAGGCGGGGCAGAAAGACCGGACGCGGAAGGCAGCUGAGGCCGUGAAAAGAAGGCAAAGAACGAAGAGUGGAGCCGGGCGGUGGUGGCGCACGCCUGUAAUCCCAGCACUUGGAAGGCAGACAGGCGGAUCUCUGAGCUUGGUUGCCAUGGCGCUAUAUGCCAAAGCCACCAGAGGCCCGCAGCUGCUGCUGGUUCUGAGCGCCAUUGGACUCUUGGCCGCAGGUGCUCCACAGUCCCCCAACAUCGUGCUGCUGCUCAUGGACGAUAUGGGCUGGGGUGACCUGGGUGUUAAUGGAGAGCCUUCCAGAGAGACCCCAAAUUUGGACCGGAUGGCUAUAGAGGGCAUGCUUUUCCCAAACUUCUAUUCUGCCAACCCGUUGUGCUCACCAUCCAGGGCAGCCCUGCUCACAGGACGGCUGCCCAUCCGCAAUGGCUUCUAUACAUCCAACGCGCAUGCAAGAAACGCUUACACACCUCAGGAGAUCAUGGGUGGCAUCCCUGACUCAGAACUCCUCCUGCCUGAGCUCCUGAAGAAGGCAGGCUAUACCAACAAGAUCGUGGGCAAGUGGCAUCUAGGUCACAGACCCCAGUUCCACCCCCUGAAACAUGGAUUUGAUGAGUGGUUUGGAUCCCCCAACUGUCACUUUGGACCUUACGACAACAAGGUCAAGCCCAACAUCCCCGUGUACAGGGACUGGGAAAUGGUCGGCAGAUUUUAUGAAGAAUUCCCAAUUAACCUGAAGACUGGGGAAGCUAACCUCACCCAAAUCUACUUACAGGAAGCUCUAGAAUUCAUCAGGACUCAGCAUGCAAGGCAAAGCCCCUUCUUCCUCUACUGGGCCAUCGACGCCACACAUGCACCAGUUUAUGCCUCAAGACCUUUCUUGGGUACCAGCCACCGAGGGCGGUAUGGUGAUGCUGUUCGGGAAAUAGAUGACAGUGUUGGAAAAAUUCUGAGCCUUCUGCAGAACUUGGGCAUCAGUAAGAACACAUUUGUCUUCUUCACAUCCGAUAAUGGUGCAGCCCUCAUUUCUGCUCCCAAAGAAGGUGGCAGCAACGGUCCCUUCCUGUGUGGGAAGCAGACGACAUUUGAAGGUGGGAUGAGGGAACCUGCGAUCGCAUGGUGGCCGGGGCACAUUGCUGCAGGCCAGGUCAGCCGCCAGCUGGGAAGCAUCAUGGACCUCUUUACCACCAGCCUGUCCCUUGCAGGCCUGAACCCACCUAGUGACAGGGUAAUCGACGGACUUAACCUACUCCCCACCAUGCUCCAGGGCCACGUGAUGGACAGGCCCAUAUUUUAUUACCGUGGCAACACACUGAUGGCAGUCACUCUUGGCCAGUACAAGGCCCACUUCUGGACUUGGACCAACUCCUGGGAGGAGUUCAGACAGGGCAUUGACUUCUGCCCUGGUCAGAAUGUCUCAGGAGUCACAACCCAUUCCCAGGAAGAACACACGAAGCUACCCCUGAUCUUCCACCUGGGACGUGACCCAGGGGAGAGAUUCCCGUUCAGCUUUGCCAGUGAUGAAUAUCAGGAUGCCCUCAGCAGGAUCACCCCGGUUGUCCAGCAGCACCAGAUGUCCUUGGUCCCAGGACAGCCCCAGCUCAAUGUGUGUAACCAGGCUGUUAUGAAUUGGGCACCACCAGGCUGUGAAAAAUUAGGAAAGUGUCUGACACCUCCUGAGUCUGUCCCUGAGAAGUGCUCUUGGUCCCAUUAGCCAAGAUCGGAAUCUCCAGCCAGCCCUGCAAGUGCCUAGAAGGCUUUGGCCUUGGGAUUGAUGGGCAAAAGAGACCAGCUGUCCUCUGCCCACCCACCACUGGCUGGCUGGCCUCUGCAGCCAGUAGCAAGGGUCCAAGGCUGCAUAUACUGGAGACCUGAUCCGGAGUCUGCUCCCUCGCACUGCAGCCAUCUUCCCAGCUGGGUACUGAAAGAGAAGUUCUUAGUGCCCUGCUGGCCUUGACCAUGACCCAGUGCUGCAGCCCAGGGUCUGAAGAGCUGUCACUUUGUCUUCUCACUGUGCCUGCAGAUAUUUCAACCUUGGUGUCGUCGACAAAGGUGAAGAUUUCAGUGCUGUGCCAAGGAGCCACAUCUACCUGGGCAUCAGUCCUCACCCCCAUGUCAACUUCCUGGAGUGACCGCCCCCCUUUUCCCACCGGCUGCAAACAAGAGACAAAGAUAUUUCAUUGUCUGGUCCAAGGCGAGGUCAGUCACUGCCCCCAAGAGACAGGAAGAUGACAUCCUAAAUUUCUGGCUCUGGCUCAGCACACUAUGGGACCACUUCUGCUGUACCUGCCUCCUGUCAUGUGCAGGCUACAAGAUAUAAUCUCUAAACCCCUUCCCUGAAGGCUCAUGGGAGUUGUCCAUCCUGAACAAGUUCUCACAUCUGUGCAAUGACUGUAGUGCCGAAGCUGAAUUGUGAAGGUUGGAAAAUGAUAAUGAAGAGAGAUUGAGAGAAUAAAUUCCCUUAUAAUAAAUUAUUCUGUUCCAAGAAUAAAUGAACAGGAGAUGUGUUA